GGUUCGAAAAAUAAUAAUCACUGAAAAAUAAAUGUAAAAAACACUUGGAAAGUCGCUUCACGACCAAAAAUCUCGGAUAAAACUCAAAAAACUACCGUAGAAUGUCAUCCAUUGACGAAAUCCAUUAAAAAUUGCACCAACAAUCGACGUAGAAAGAUGAAAAAUUGAAGAAUUAAUUUUCAAGUGACUGAUAUUUACACAAUUUUUACCCAACAAAAAAGUGCAUAAUGGUACGGAGAUAGAACAAAUAACAACAAAUUCGCUCUGGAAAUCCACGGGAUUUCCUAAAAAACUUCAAAAAAAGGAGUUUUUGUCUCUAUUUAGAGCUUUCAUCAUUUCUUACUUCAUCUUUGUGUCUCAAUUCUAUUGUCUAUGCGCUGCAAUGCAGAAAAGCUACUAAUCUAACAAACAAAUUUGUCGAAGAAAACACACAAAAAGUAUUUUUUUAAUCAUGGAGGAAUAGAAAAAUAUUUACUCAAAAAACGAAAAAAGAUAAAAAUAGUGCGUCGGCUGGAAGAGGUGAACGAUUCUUCCAUUUAUUUAUUGGUAUAGUGUGCAAAAAAAAAGUAUUUACAAGUAUAAAUAGACAAGUGAGCUGUAUUUACAUUCUAGUUACAUACGAAAAAAAAUAUAAAUAAAUAAAUAAACAUGAAUCAGUGAAAUAUAAGACUUAUUAUAUAAAUAACAAACAUAUGGAUACGACAUAUGCACGGUGACAUAUAGAGUGCAGCAAUCAAUUUACAAGAAAAAAUAUUGUUUUUCUUCAGUAUUAAGCAAUCACACGACAUACACAAAAAAAAAUUCGAUCAAAAGAAAUAUAAGGAAUUCAUAAAAAAUACGCGUACAAAAGGUGAUUGCAAACAAAAAAAAAACACUCAUGAAACGUCACCUCUAAAAAUUUCACCGAAACAAAUUUGUCAAGAUUUGGCAUUGUGAUAUAAUUUAAUCGCGCAGACAUCAUCAUCAGCAGAGGAAAAAAAAGUAGUAGUAACAAAAGGAAAAUUUGUCUACAAUCAUUAGUGUGUGCAAAUUAGUAUCAGUCGGCUGUUGCGAUGUCAGAAGAAACAAACGGAACUGCCUCGAUUUCGAUCAUGGAUUCCAGUCGCGUGUCUACCUGCCUUAUCUCGAUGCUGCUCAUCGUGUACGGAAGUUUUCGCAGUCUCAACAUGGAGCAAGAACAAAAGGAGAAGGAAAAGAAGCGUUUGAGCGAAAGCACAAAUAAUCUGUUGACAGGCGAACCCGUACCGCAGCCCGAACAGAAUAAAUUCGCAACUUUGGACACAUUCCAUGCUCUGUGUCUUCCCCUUGGCGCAUCCAUAUCACUUCUCGUCAUGUUUUUCUUCUUCGAUUCCAUGCAAAUGUUGUUUGCGGUAUGCACGGCGAUCAUUGCAACCGUCGCUCUCGCAUUUCUGCUGCUUCCCAUGUGUCAGUACAUCAUCAGACCGUGCACGGAUGGCACGCGGAUCUCAUUUGGCGUCUGCGGAAGAUUUACGGCCGCCGAACUCUUUAGUUUUAGUUUGUCGCUCUCGAUUGUGUGCAUCUGGGUCCUCACGGGACACUGGCUUUUGAUGGAUGCCAUGGGCAUGGGACUCUGUGUGGCAUUUAUCGCCUUCGUACGACUUCCAUCGCUCAAAGUAUCGACACUCUUGCUUACCGGAUUGCUGCUGUACGACGUCUUUUGGGUCUUUUUCUCGUCGUACAUCUUCAGCACGAACGUCAUGGUGAAAGUAGCAACGCGUCCUGCCGAAAAUCCCGUCUCCAUAUUCUCCAAGAAGCUAAAUCUCGGCGGAGUGAUUCGCGAUCCGCCAAAAUUGAAUUUGCCCGGAAAACUCGUCUUUCCGAGUUACAACAACAAUCAGCAUUUUUCGAUGUUGGGAUUAGGCGACAUUGUGAUGCCUGGGCUGUUGUUGUGUUUUGUCUUGCGGUACGAUGCGUAUAAGAAGGCGCAAUAUACGACAGCGGAAGCUGGCUUACCGCCUCCUCGGAGUAUGGGCUCGAGACUUACGUAUUUUCAUUGUUCCUUGUUGGGAUACUUCCUGGGAUUAUUGACUGCAACAGUGAGCAGCGAAGUAUUCAAAGCUGCACAGCCAGCUCUCUUAUAUUUGGUACCAUUCACCUUAUUGCCGCUAUUGACGAUGGCGUAUUUGAAGGGCGAUCUGAGGAAAAUGUGGAGUGAACCGUUCAUUACUCAAUCCCAACCAAAACAACUGGAUGUUUAAGAGAAUUACAAAAUAAGAAUUAAAUUUAAAAAUAAUUUAAGCAUAAGUACUGAUGAAUCCUGAAUGCAAUUACGAAAAAAAAUAAUCAACAUUAUUUGACAAAUAUCGUUUAGCGUACUAAACCGUGAAAGAAAAACCCACGAAUUCUUUAUAUGAAAAAAAAUACA